AUGACGCAUGCAGACGAGGAGGUGUGCCGGGAGAAGUGCAAAGAGCUCCUGGAGGCCGGGCUAAUCAGGAGGUCAACUUCAGAGUACGCGGCAGCAACAGUGGUGGCGGCAAGAAAGGACAUGACAGGAGAAGUUCUCUCUAGGAGGAUGUGCGGAGACUACUGCGACCUAAACAAGAUCACUAAGGCAAACCGCUACCCGAUGCCGACGCCAGAAGACAUCUUCGACAAGCUCGUGGGGGCAGUGGUCUUCUCAACGCUAGAUCUACGGCAAGGAUUCAAUCAGAUCCAAAUUCGCGAGGAGGACAAAGCAAAGAUCGCGUUUCAUGGCGUGGACGAACUCUGGGAAUGGAACGGCAUGCCCUUUGGGAUGAGAAACGCCUCGGCAAUCUUCCAGCAAGUCAUGGAUACCAUUCUGCGGGGCAUAGAAUGCGCGGCGUGCUAUAUCGAUGACGUAAUCAUCUUUAGCAAGGACGCCGAGAGCCACGUGGCGGAUGUGGAACAGGAAGCGAAAGUGGCAAUCCUGGACAAGGUGGCUGCACCAACUGAUCGUAGCCGGCUACGAGCAGUGCUUGGCUUCCUGAGCUACUACCGUAAGUUCGUGCCGAACUUCAGCCGAAGGGCUGCGCCGCUGAACCAUCUGCUGAGGGAGAGCACGGCCUGGAAGUGGGGGGAAGAGGAGCAACGAGCGUUCAAGGACCUACUGAGGGCUGUCAAGACAGGGCCAGUACUGGUGCUACCCAGGCGGGACCAACCGUUCGUGCUCUACACCGACUGGAGCAGCCUAGGCAUAGGAGCGGUCCUUUGCCAAGAGACAGAGCAGGGUGAGAGGGUAGUGGCAUUCGCCAGCAGGAGCUGCAGCCCCACGGAGGCGAACUACAGCUCGUACGAAGGGGAGGGAUUGGCGGCGGUCUGGGCGGUGAACCAUUUCCGAGUAUACCUGCAAGGAACGCCUUUCACGCUCGUGACGGACCAUCAGCCGUUGACAUGGCUGAUGACGAAUCAGACCCUGACAGGAAGGAACGCGAGGUGGACGAUGCAGCUCCAUGAUUACGACUUCAAGAUUCGGCACCGGCCGGGCAAGACGCUGCAACACGUGGAUGGGCUAUCCCGGAACCCGCCCCCAGCGGGGGACGAAGAGCAAGAGAAGGAGGAGGGAGAGUCCCCCGCGGCAUGCCUGGUGGCCCUGGCAGGGGGCAUGCGGGAGACAGAGGCCGAGAGGCAUAAGGGAAAAGGACCGGAGGACAUAUGGCAUGACCAGGAGGCGCUGAGAUGGGUGAAGGGGGAAACGGAAGUGGAAGAGGAAGUGAGCGAAAGGGCUAGAUCCAGGGGUCAGCACUACAGGUGGUACCAGCAGCAGCUGCAGGUGCAGAGCAAGGAAGGGUGGAAAAUGGUGCCGGCACCAAGCGAGCGGAAGGAGCUCAUAGAGAAGGUGCAUAACCAACUUGGCACUACGAUCAUCCGCAACAAGGCGCAGCUAGAGCACGAGCAGCAAGAGCUCCAGUCGCUGCCCAUCAUGAAUCUGGGGUAUAGGUGGUCGCUGGACCUGGCAGGAGAGAUGCCGCUGAGCAGGAGGAACAAGCGGUACGUGCUGGUCAUGAUAGAGCACGUGUCCAAGUGGGUGGAAGUGAGGGCCCAAAGCAGCAAAAACGCGGAGCUGAUCGCCGAGGCAUUCACCGACCAGGUGCUGACCAGGUUUGGCGCUUGCGGGGAAGUCCUGACAGACCAGGGUACAGAGUUCAAGGGGGCAUUUGAUAAGCUACUAGCAGAAGUAGGGAUCAAGCAUCGGCGUACCUCGCGGUACCACCCACAAUGGGAUGGCCUGACUGAGAGGAUGGUGCAAACGAUCAAGAAAGGGUUACGUGCGUAUGGGGAAGGGCACAAGCGGGACUGGGACCAAGAAUUGCAUUGGGUGGUAGCGGGGUACCGCUUCAGCAAGCAGGCCGCUCUGAGGGAUUACUCCCCGUACUACCUGCUGUACGGGAGACAGCCCAUGCUGCCAGUGAACUCACCGAAGGUACUGACGGACGUGGUGAAAGCGGGAACGGCGGAGAAUUGGGCGGCUUUGGCAGAUUGCAGGACCAGGUACCUAAAGAAACUGAUGCCGGCGGCGCUGGAGAACCUGCACACUGCCCAGCUGAGAGACGCCAAACGCUAUCAGCAGCGGCAGCUGCAAGUAGGAAAAGGGAAGGGCAAGCCAGUGGAAGACGGAACUGAGGUAUACAUCCGGAAGGCGAAAAAGGACAUGCUAGAUGUGGGAGUGUCAGAGGAGAGGUGGGUGGUGAAGGAGGUGAAGCCGUCAGGGGUGCUCGUGUUGGAAGCGGAGGGAAGACAACAACGGAAGGAUCACAUCAAAAACGUGGCCAAGGCAGUAGGGAAAAAGACGGGGAAGGUUCCUCAAGACCGGCAGCAGGAGCCCAACCGGUCACGGAAGGGGGCAAGUGGUUAA